AUGGACAAUGUUCUGCCACAGGAGGUUUCAAGAAAUAGUGAUGUUACUUAUGUAGAUAAUAGCUUACAGCAUCAUAAAAAGCAAUUGGAUAUUUUAAAGGAGGAUCGUUUGUGCCAUUUAAACAAUCGAAUAUGUGGCAAUGCAGAAAUGCAACGCUUUGGGAAGCAACAUCAAACGCAGUCGUUUGCUCCUAUUUCCUUGCCUCCUUCGCCGCCCCCAUCAUCAUACAACAUUGCUGUACCGGCUAUAACUGCCUGUGAUCUUCCAUCAGCAUUGUUACCACAUCCCGCAAAGUUUGCCAUUCAACCAAUGUGGUCAACUGCGGCCAUGGCAGCUGCCCACAUACAGGCAGCCUUUGCUGCUGUCUCUGUGGCAGUAAAUAGUGAUCCAAACAAUAGCAGUGACAUCAGUGGUAAACUGCCUAAGGUCGAGUCUGUUUUAGCAGAGGAUUGUGCGUCAUUGGUCCAAGGUUCUUCUCGUAUAGGAGAGACAGAUGUAAUCUCGUGUGUCGAUUCUGAUUUGAAGCUCAGUGAUGUUAUCACAAACGCUGCAGCUUUAUCGCCUACACAUGUGCGCAACGUGAUAAGCAAUAGUCGAUUGGUUGUACCACCACCGGCCCCUGCUUUAUUGUUGGCUGACAAUCCAACAAUUCCCUUAACGACAGAAAAUGAGCCUGGUAUCGAUGAUGAAAUAGAUGGCGGUUCGGAUGACAUCAGGACUGAAGAUUGUAAGGCUGCGUCUCAACAAAAUUUAACCGUAUUGACAAAUGAAGCGAAGACUUACAAUAGUGGUGGUACAGAUGUGCCUUUGAAUUUAUCAAAACCCCGAUCAUCUUCGGGCUCUCAACAAAUACAGCAACAUCAACUUCAAGAGAGUGGAAGUCUUACCCCUGUUUCAAUGGAAAAUGUAUCGAGCAAUUGGCAAUCCAUGUCGAGCGAGGACACAAAACUUUUAAUAUGUCGCCUAUGGAACAUACCUCCAAUAGAGGAAGUAGAAUCUGCUUCGUCGAUGGUGCCAGUGUCUCCCAUUGUACCAGUAUCCCCUAUUGUCCCCAUGGCUACAAGUGAUAGUGAUAAUAUAUCUAUGCCUCAGACAAUGUCGAGUAGGGGAAGCAAACUAAAAACCUACCCAUGUUCUACCAAAAAACCAGUUUUGGAGCAAUUGAAUGUACUGCAAAAUGAUCAGCAUGAGGUAGAAAAUCAGCAUUCUAUUUCCUUCAUAGCCAAAGAGGGACGAUCCACUACACGCGAAGGACACAGCUAUGGCCAUUCUUACCAUAAGCCACAUAUCAAACGACCUAUGAAUGCAUUCAUGGUGUGGGCCAAGGACGAACGCCGUAAGAUUCUAAAGGCUUGCCCCGAUAUGCACAACUCAAAUAUUUCCAAAAUAUUGGGUGCCCGUUGGAAGGCAAUGUCUAAUAUUGACAAGCAUCCAUAUUAUGAGGAACAAUCGCGUCUUUCUAAACUGCAUAUGGAGAAACACCCUGACUAUCGGUACCGUCCAAGACCAAAGCGUACUUGUAUAGUUGAUGGAAAGAAAAUGAGAAUCUCGGAAUACAAAACGCUUAUGCGAACAAAACGAGCAGAGAUGCGGGAAAUAUGGUACAGGGAUGCUGCGCCUGGUGUAAGUGUAACACCCCCAGGCGAUAGGAGAUUUUGCCACAUGACGCACUGUGACGACGAUGAUUUCCAAGCAACCCUGAUGACCGCCGGGUGUAAACCAAAGGAUAUUGCAAAAUUUGAGAAAUCCUCCUCGGACAUCGUUGGCGAUUGUAGUUCAAACACUUUGGAAUGCUCCAAUCCCAAUGAUAAUGACAUCAAUGCCGACCGUUACCAAUCAAAAUGUCUCAAUCGUCCUGGGAUCUCUCAUGAUGACAAUAAUUUAAACAUGCAUUCACGUGACGAUGACUGA